CUUCUCAAUUCAUUGUAUUCCCUUCUUUCUCUCCUCUCUCUGCAAUUCAAUUCCGUUUCUCGCUGUGAUUGUUUUCUUUCAUUCGCCGGAAUAGGUUCGAGAAUUUUUCAAGGAGUUGUGAAUGGUUGAAGAAAAUUCCAGGAGUAGUAAUUACAUGCGCUCCCUUUUGGAUUCAAGGGCGAGCGCUCGUCUUCCUCUUUCUGCUUCUUCUUCUUUUGCUUUUGGUUCUUGCAAGGAAGGCUGGUACUACCGCUGCCUUGGAGUUGACCCUUGAGAUCUCUUUCUCUCUAAUCCAUAUACUCAUUUCAAGGAAUUUUCAUUUUCUUUUAAGUUUUUGCGAUUUUUCUCUUUCGAUUUUUUGAUACCGGCGCUAGCUUCGGUGAAUUUCUCGGGGCUGUUGUCGUCGGUAUCCGGUUCCCUGAUUCGGAUAUAGUUUGAAGGAAAAAGAAGGGAUUGCGAUUUCUUUUUUUCUUUUUGUAUGAAGAUGUUGCUGUACAAGCAGAAGAAGAACCAGAAUGUUAAGGGCAAUAGGCUGUUGAUCAGCAUCAAUGUGCUCGGCAGCGCUGGUCCGAUUCGAUUUAUUGUAAGCGAGGAGCAACUUGUUGCUGAUGUUAUUGAUACCGCGUUGAAAUCCUACGCGCGUGAGGGCCGGCUCCCAAUUCUUGGCUCUGAUCUUCACGAUUUCCAGCUUUAUUGUCCGAGUGCUGGACCAGAUGCCUUGAGUCCAUGGGACACAAUUGGAUCGCACGGAGCUCGAAACUUCACGUUGUGCAAGAAACCACAGGCAGAGAAAGUGGGAGAAGAUGGAAAAGCAGCAUCACGGCCAGCCAUCCAUCGCAAAGCCUCAGGGAGCUGGAAGUCAUGGAUCAACAAGUCUCUGAAUAUGAAAAUCUAUUCCCAUUGAAUCCGCGUAAUGAUGAUGGGUGAUAGCCUUCAAUUAGGUUAUGGAUGGAACUCGAAGAGUGUGUUCAAUGAAAAUGGGAGUUUGGCGCACAUUAAGGAAUUGUAUAAUUGAAAAGGUGGUGGUGGAUGGUUUGAUGUUGACUGUGUGAAAUCUGAAGCGCUACGUAUCACGUUUUGUGGAUACUGAUUAUGUCA